AUGGAACUUCUUAAAGCAGAAAUCGCCAAAAAGCGUAACUACUUGGAGAGCAGCAAACUUCUUGGUGAAACCAAGUACUUCAAACGCUCUGCGUUGCGGGAAAAAGAAGAAGAAGAAUACUGGACCAAAUCUAAACGUGUAAAAGAGCAAUCUGAGGAUCAGAAUGAAUCUAACGUUUUUGAUAAGAAUGAAGAGGAUGAUUUGUUGCUAAAGAAAUUUGAAGAGCGGAGUCGAGAGGAGCGCGAGAAAGGGCAGUUGAUGCCGAGAAAAGAGGUCGUCCGGUUAUUACGAGAAAGGAACCAACCAAUACGUCUAUUUGGGGAGAGUGACUAUGAUACUUUCCAGCGCCUGAAGCGUUUGCAACUCUUGGAACCGGAGUCAAAGGGAAUGAGGAAUGACCUAAUUGCUGCGCUAGAUAAGGUCGAUGAUGCUGAGGAUGAAGAAUUUUACUCAUCUGGUCGUGGACGUGUGGCUGAUGGUGCACAUCCUGCAGAAGUCUCCUCAUUGGAUGUGAAAACCAAAGACGGAGGAAUCAGUGAGGAAGAAUUCGAUAAGAUGAAAAUGGAUCUCGCGCGUUAUGUCGUUUAUCGUGAAGGUACAGCAACAGAUGAUGCUACUUCGACGGUUGUGGCCAUAAGCAAAUUGACUCCCGUGACUAUCACAACAGAAAUGGAGCCAAACUUUCGUGACAAAGUCACCACUCAUGUGCUAAGUUAUUUGAAGGCCAACGACGCCUACCUUGAGUUGGCUAUCGGCAAUGCCCCGUGGCCACUCGGCGUAACGAACCAUGGCAUUCACUCUCGUACUGCACAAGAAAAGAUCCACGCAAAGAACGUUGCUCACGUACUAAACGACGAAACCCAACGAAAAUACAUCCAGGCAAUCAAGCGACUCAUGACCCAAUGCCAGAAGUUUUAUCCAUCGGAUCCGUCAAAAAGUGUAAACUACAUGGGCACCUGUUGACCCCGUGAACUGCGGCUACUGCACUGUAAAUUGGCUGUAUAUUACUUCUUUUCCAGUACCCCGAACUCUGAUUCAAGUAUAUUUACUCGUUUGCACUGGCACUUCGUCAGGAGAAAGGCUGUUUUCCUCCACUAACAUUAUAUUACUUU